CAUGGUAACCCUCCAAAAACUGAGACCCCCCGCCAAACAAUCAAACUAACUAACCUGAGUUUAACGUUAACCGUUACUAAAAGUUGAGUCAUGGCGACUUCUCAGAGAUCUGGAAGCUUUUCUUUCGGACUCAGACUCUCAGAGGAAGAAGAGGACAGCACCAUGUUGGAUGUGCUUCGGGGGGAGAAGAGAGAGAAGAUCGUGCUACAGCGACUGAUAGUGAUUGCUCGGCUCCCCCACGGCCUUGCUGACAGGACAGAACCGGGAGCUCAUUACGAAAAACUCAACUUCCAGCUCAGCAAACAGUAUAUUUGGGAUCACAUGACGGGCCUGCUGCUGAUUUAUCCGACCUGCCUGCUGCAUGUUAUUGAAUCAUCCAGGGAAGUUCUGGCUGCUGUUUUAAAAGACCUUAAAGACCUGCAGCAACAGCCAGACAGUGCCUUGCUGGAAGCUCCCAAGGUUGUGUUCAUGGCCCAUAACCCUCAGAGCAGGCUGUUCCAGCAGUGGAGCUACAAGGUGCUCGGUGCAGACCAGGGGCCCGGGGACUCUGUGGCUAAGGGACUGGAGGAAGAGGAAGAGAGCACAGAGACUCUGGUGUGCUCGGUCCUGUCAGCGCUGCAGAAACUGGGAGAACACGUGGAGAUGUCUAAGAAGGCUGUUCCUGGGUCAGUGCUGGAUGAGACUCCUGAUCUAAUCGUCCCUCAGGAGAUUCUCCACAAACUAUUAACUCGAGACGAGCUGCAGACUCCAGAACAGCACCUACAGAUGUACAACUCACCGUUUAACAUCAGCAUGGACUUUGGACAAGUCAUACGAAGCAGCUGCCUCACCAAAGUUUAACACCAUAACAAAAGAUCAAAGAAUGUGUUUGGCCUUCACUGAAGCACCUCGGUGAGACUGAAGGUUCCCAGCAGAGAAAUCACUGCGACAGUUUAAUACCAACAUUUAAUACUGCAGCAAUUUCCCGGCUUUUCAUUUUUGUUGUUGUUAUUGUUCAAUAUGCUUCUUUCUCGUCCAAAUAAUUUUAUAUAAACAACUUGUACAAGUGAAAUAACAUUCAACACCACAUUUACAACUAAAGAAACACAGAAAAUCCAAGUAAUAUAAAAAACAUUUUUAAUAGUUUGAACAUUCGGAUGAGGUUAAUUUAUUUUUCUAUCUUACUGUACACUGUGUUCCACGUGGUGACCGGGAGAUAGCAUGUCCAAGAAAAGGCAUUUCCUCUUUACUCAAACUUUAAAGAGUCCACAGCGUCACUACAGCUCCACACAGAGAUCUCUUAAGUCUCUAAAGAUUCCUCCAUCACUUAUGUGUUCCCUUUUUAUUUUGGCCCCCGUUACUUGGAACUUAAACUAAAGAAAAAAACAUGAUUGGAGACUUGCAAUGGCUGCAUGCACCACAGUGUAAUCUACAAACUGUAUGAGUAAAAACCGUAUGCAGCACGUUGUUUUUUUCUUGUUUUGCUUUAUGAAUUCAGUGUAAAGUCACAGGAACUUUUCAAGAGAUUUUAGUACUUUAAAAGCGCCACAAACAGUCACAAUCUGAUUUCCUGACAGUGCUCUCUGUUCUGAGCCAGAUGUGCUUUUUCCUUAUUUGCUAUAGAUAAAAAAGGGUGAAACGUAGUAAUGGAACACAGGAGAUAAACGUUGAAAACAGUAAAUCAUGAAUGUUCUAAACAAACUGUUGGCAGAGUCGAUGGAGAGUUUGACUAAAAAAGGUUGAGGGCAGCACUGCAGUGUUCUUCUUUUAUAAAGGUCGAUCUAUUCACUUAUAAAAAAUAAAUACAAGCACAUUUAUAUAGGACCAAUGAUGAGACACAUUUCAUAGGCAUGGUUAAAAAGCAUGCUGCCGAGUUUCACACAGUACAAUGUCGAAUCAAACGCCCCUCCCGCCUCCCGCCCCAAAACGGUUUCUUUUUUUAUAUCAAAUACCCCACCACCUUCUGUUACUACAACACACACAAUCUGCCUUUAUCACAAGCUAUGAGGUGAACAUCGUCUAUCACCGGUACAUUCCACCUAUUCAUGUAAAAAAAAGGCCUUCGUAUGUCGGUGCUCAGAGGGCUUCAUGCUUGAUAAAAGCUGUAAUACUGGAAACUGUCUGUGGAAUCUCUCUCCGGUCCCGGCUGUCUCUGUUUCGACAGACAGGGUUGUUUACUGUUAAUAAAGUUGCGUUGUUUUGA